AGGUUCCGAGGGACGCGCGCACUUCCGGGGUCGUGUUCGCUGGCGUGCGGAGUGUGUGGGGUGUCCUGAGGAACCCAGUCGCAGGUACCAUGUUCCUGACCGCCCUCCUCCGCCGCAGUCGCCUUUCUGGCAGACAGUGGAUUGGGAAGCACCGGCGGCCGCGGACCGUGUCUUUCCACGCGAAGCAGAGUAUGAUCCGUCGCCUGGAGAUAGAGGCGGAGAACCAUUACUGGCUGAGCAUGCCCUAUCUUACCGCGGAGCAGGAGUACGGCCACGCCGCGGAGCGCAGGGCGGCGGCCUUCGAGGCCAUCAAGGCGGCCAGCAUGUCCAAGUUCCCCCCCAACAGAUUUGUGGUAGACCAGCUCGACCAUCUCAAUGUCACCAAGAAGUGGUCCUAACCCGUAACCACCACCUUUCAGUUGGACGGAUUACAGGGCUGCCACCUCUUGACCCGAUUCUGGAACCGAAAAACUGUAACCUCUGGGGAGACAUAAAAUGAGCAUUUCGACCAGCCUUAUUGAACAGCAGGCAUGAGUGUAGUCUGCGUAUAGAAUAUCUGGGGCUCCAAACUCUUUAAUACUUCAUAGUCCUGUCUAGUCCAGUCUGUCAUGUUGUUUCCUUUUCCGUUACCCUGAUGGGAAGAUACAAGAGAUUUCCUAGGUCACAGAGGUUAUAAAAUGUAUUUUGGAUGAAAACUUCCAAAAAAGCUAUAAACUGUGGUUUUGAAUCUGUGCUUAAGUAUGAGAUACUUGAUGGGGGCUUACCUUUCUUCAAAAGAAUAAUUGCCUAAACAUAAUUUAAAAAAAAUUUUUUUUUCAGUUACGCAUACACCUACAAAUAGCAUUUUCUUCUGGGAUUGCUACUAAAAGACAUUUAAAUAAAGUAAAAGGUACUCAUCGGAACUGCCACAUGAAGUUGUAUUUUAAAAACCUCUUUUGAGGUACCUGGGUGGCGCAAUCGGUUAAGCCAGUCUAACUCUUGGUUUCCCCUGAGAUGGUGAUCUCAGGGUGGUGAGAUCUAGCCCUGCAUAGGGCUCCAUACUCUGGGGGGAAUCUGCUUAAGAUUCUCUCUCCCUCUGCCCCUACCCCCACCUCAAAUAAAUAAAUCUUUAAAAAUAAAAAUUUUUAAAAACCUUUCUGGGAUGUAAUAACCUUACAGUCCACCAGUUGAAGAUGUUUGUUUUUUCAAACCUUUUUCAGAAUGUAAUAGUCAAGCACUUUACAGGUGUUACCAAAAAUAGUAAUCCUAUCACCUGGGGCUAUUUUACAUGUGAGGAAAUAUUUAAGAAACUUGUCCAAAAUCAUACCCAAUAAUGAAUGAGACUUGGAUUUCAGUUUCUGUAUAAUCUAGAAAUCGUAACUGCUAUGUAUAUAUUUAAUAGAACAUUUUCAAAACACAUAGAAGAAAAAUAACUCAAUCCCAUUACCCAGAGAUGAAACAUAUAUUGAGUCUAUAUGGAUAAAUAGAAUUUAGAGCUAGAAACUUAACAUUUAAAGAUCGUGAUGCAUAUUGCUAGUGGCUUUCCAAAAAGAUUAUAGAAAAGAUCAAUGUAUGAGAGUGCCAAUCUCAUUUGCCAACAUUGACUGUUACCUUCAUUAAUAUGAAUGAUUCGUGAUUUACAUUUAAAUAUCUGCCGUUGGGAUGUAUAGGCUUUGGUGGACAUACUAGUUUUUUUUUUCUUUUUUGAUUGAUUGCACCUGAAAAGUACCUGCCACAUGAUAGUUGAAUGCUUAACCAAGCUGAACUGUUAUUAAUAUGUCAUUCUUAGUGGUGUAUAAAUACUUGUUGAAUGCUU